AGCGCACGCGUACGCCCAACCACGCCGAAUGAACUAAGCUCCGUUUGUUUACCAACACGAUCGUACCGUGAGAACUACCACUUCUGUGCCGUGUAUGCUAAACUAUUGGAUAAAAGUCAUAUAACUCGUCCCUUACUAAACCGAUUAAAUCGCGUGAUUAAAUAUUCAAUUUGAUGACUUUCUGUUAGUGAGAUGUCAACGCCUCGACCCUUUAAUAAGCCGUCGCCGCCAGUUUAUGCGCUUCGGCGACCAUAAAUAACGAACAUAAUGUGACAGAUACAUUUGUAGCGGUCGCAUUUUAAAAGUGUUCGAGCGAUCCUGCGAAAUGAAGUUCUCAGUAGUUAUUGUUUAUGUUAUCGCGCUGGCGAUCUUCGUCGCCGGCGAGAUCAGGAUCAAAGGCAAAGUGAGAAAAAGGUUCACGCCACACAGGAGGCACCGGGCUGCGCAGCCGCCGUGCAGCUUCAACGAGACGAUCAUUGAGGACGAGUGGUCGUUGAUGGAGGCGAUAGGGAAGUCGAAGUACAUAUUUACUGGGAAGGUUUUGAAUGUGAAGAAGGUUAAGUUAGAGGAUGGGAGCAGGUCGAAUAUGUAUAGGGUGUAUUUGCGUCGAGUGUUGAAGGGGAAGUUGGGUGAUAUGCGGAUGUUUGUGAAGGUGGAGGGGUCGGAGGAGACCCUGAGUGGUUCGACGCUGGUGGUGGAGCGGCCUCGUGCGAAGGAGACGUGUGCGCCGGGCCCGCGUCCGCGGCUCUCUGCCAUCUUCCUGAGCAGCGGAGAGUACACUGCUGGAAGAGGACCGACGCCGCGGCUGAAGCUGCUGACCGAUCCGGUGCCCUUGACGCUGUACCAUCUGGACAGGAUCAAUGCUGCUGUUAAAGAUUUACAUUAUCAGCCAAGACCUCCCGCUCCUGAAGAAGCAUGCGAAAAGACCUUCUGUCGUUGGGGCGCGGAGUGCGUUUCCCUCGGCGAUGGGCGCGCUCACUGCGCCUGCCCUACCACUUGCCCGUCCAGUCCUUCGCCAGUCUGCUCCACUGCUGGCAGAACGUAUCGCAACCAUUGCUACUUGAGAAAGGAGGCCUGCGAAAGAAGACUCAAUCUACGAGUCAAGCAUGAGGGAGAGUGUGAAGCUGGGGACCCGUGCAGUGGUGUGGCGUGUCCUCCUGGUGCGAGGUGUAUAGUCACCAGUAGUCAAGCAGAGUGCCGGUGUCCCAGGAGUUGUCAGAGGAGGAAGCCAGUGUGUGGCACUGAUGGCAAGGAGUACCCGUCUGCGUGCCACCUGGAUAAGCAAGCGUGCGAAAAUCAGCACAAUAUUACUAUCAAGUAUCAGGGAAAGUGUGAUCCAUGUUCUGAACACGAAUGCGCCGAUGGCAGUAUUUGCCAGCUGAACGAAAUGCGCGUGCCGACUUGUCGCUGCGGGCCGCCCUGCGACUUAAUCGCACGACCUGGAUCAGCUGUCUGCGGCUCGGACUACAAAGAUUACCCUAGCGAAUGCUCGCUACGAAGAGAGUCAUGUCGCACACGACAACAGCUGACAAUCGCGUACAGGGGCGAAUGCGCUUCAGCCCAACACCCAUGCGACUCAGUAAAAUGCGGUGUCCGGGAGCGCUGUACACUCGACGCGCGAGGGGUAGCCGUCUGCGGCUGCGGUCCGGACUGCGAGCCGAUCGUCCGGCCCGUUUGCGGCUCGGACGGCCGGACGUAUGACAGUGCGUGCUUCUUGGAUAGACAAGCGUGCUUGGACAAUAAGGAUAUUAGGGUGGCGUAUAUUGGACCAUGUGGUUCGGAAAACCCAUGCGCUCGCGCAACGUGUCCCUGGGGCGGCGCGUGCGUUUCCCGCGGCGGUACUGCGCAGUGCGCGUGCCCUGUUUGCGACGCGACUUUAGCUCCCAUCUGUGCGUCUGAUCACAACACUUAUGGAAGCGAGUGCAAGAUGAGAAUGCACGCGUGUCAAGAAGGAAUCAAGGAAGGGGAGUUGCGUGUGCUUUAUAAUGGAACCUGCCAAUCGUGCGUGGAUAUAAUCUGUCAGGGCGGAGGCGAUUGCGGAGUAGAUAUGGAAACGGGUCGCCCUAUUUGUCGCUGUAACCACAACUGUACGGAAUCACAGGACUCGGAUGCGGUCUGCGCGAGCGACGGUCAAACGUACCCUUCUCAGUGCGAACUCGACUCGACGGCGUGUCGCGAGCAGAGCGACUUGCGGUUGGCGUACAAGGGCGACUGCGCACUAUGCGAAGGUGUCCAGUGUUCCUUCGGGGCACACUGUUCAGCAGGCGAGUGCAUUUGUCCCACUGACUGCACUGGAGCAGCUAGAGAACCAGUGUGCGGUAGCACCAUGCAAACUUAUCCAAACGAGUGCGAACUCCAAAAAGCCGCUUGUAGACUACCUCCACCUGCCACGCUACAUGUUAUCUUCUACGGAGACUGCAAAGACAGACUGGCUGUCGUUCCACCUAUCGCUAUGACCACGACCGCGAUGACCACUACUGAGGCGGAGGAAGGGUCGACGGAUUCAUUGGGUGCGACGGAACUGGGCGGUACCUCCAGUCCCUCAGCUUGCCGCGACAUCCGUUGUGAUUUUGGCGCGAGCUGCGAAAUUGGUGCAGAUGGAUACCCUCGGUGUUCUUGCCUCUUCGAAUGCCCGCAUGAGAUCGAAUACUUCCCAGUCUGCGCUUCGGACUUCAGAUUGUACUCGAGUCUGUGUGCGAUGCGCAAAGAGGGCUGUCAGAAACAACUGGAACUGCGCUUGAGACCUUUGGAUCUUUGUAAAGGUAUGGAGGUGAGGCCUUGUGGAAAUAACAAAGCAAUGAUCGAUCCAAUAACCGGCAUUGAGAUAGACUGUGGGAAUGGUCCGCAUCGCCAGGAUUGUCCUGCCGGCACCUAUUGCCAUAUCACGCUUACUGCAGCAAGGUGUUGCCCUAAAAAUGACUCAAGGCAGAUGGAAGAAAAGCGAGUGAUGCACUGUUCAGAGAGUGCGUACGGGUGUUGUUCGGACGGGUUGACAGUGGCGACGGGGCCUAAUGAGGAGGGUUGUCCAAUUACAAGUUCGACCUGCGGCUGUAACCGACUCGGGUCGGUGUCGGACCGCUGCGAUGACGACGGGCAGUGCUCGUGUCGCCCCGGCGUGGGUGGACUAAAAUGCGACCGAUGCGAACCCGGCUAUUGGGGACUACCAAGGAUUGGCACUGGACAUACUGGAUGUAUACCCUGUGGCUGUUCAGCAUUCGGGUCAGUGAGGGAGGACUGUGAACAGAUGACGGGCCGUUGCGUGUGCCGGGCUGGUGUGCAAGGACAGAAAUGCACAGUGUGCGCUGACCACCGAAGAAGACUGGGUCCAAAUGGAUGUUCUGAUCCCGAGAGCGGAGGUGUGGUUGGCUCUUGUUCCGAGCUGUCGUGCUAUUUCGGCGCAGUGUGCACUGAACGCACGGGAGGAGCAUUGUGCGAGUGCGCUGCUGCACCGUGCCCCGACACUGAGAGCAACAUGCUGGUAUGUGGCAGUGACGGCAAGACUUACGAGUCCGAGUGCCACCUUAAACUGCAAGCUUGUCGUACGCAAGAGGACAUUGUAGUCCAAGCAUUUGGACCCUGCAAGUUGAGUGAGAUCGCUGGAACUGCUGGUCCUCCUCGACCGUCCUCACCAAUUCAGUUCACCCAACAAGAUGACGGUGCAGCCUCUAAAUCCACCAGACACCUCCUCAACCCAGAUAAAUACUACAACAAGUAUGAUUGGACGCGAAAAGAAACCCCCAGUGACUUCGAUAGCGUGAUCUCCGGGCAAAAGUUUAAAGGUUCGCAAACAGCCACGACAGCAACUGUGGGUGCAGUGGGCGCUUUGCUAGGAGAUCUGUGCGCAAGCGACGAAGACUGCUCUGCGUUGCCCGGCGCCCACUGUGCGAGGGGCGGCUGCGAGUGCCGCCCUGGGUACGCGCCCACUGUGCACAGGAAGGCUUGUGUUGAAGAAACCACACAAGAGACUACCGAAGAAUACAGCGCGUGUCUAUCCGAGCCUUGCUACAACCUAGGCACGUGCAUCGACCUGCCCGGUUCUACUUACACCUGCGUGUGCGCCGGGCCUUACACUGGCCUUAACUGCGAAUCCUUGGCGAAGGACAGCUUACCCGGAUCAUACAUCGAAACCCCAUCCUUUGACGGCUCCUCGUAUAUUCGCCUUAAGCCACUAAAGGCUUACCACAAGUUGAACAUCGACAUUGAGUUCAAAGCGUUCGCAGAGAACGGGGUUUUAUUGUACAAUCAGCAGAAACCCGACGGCACCGGCGAUUUUGUGUCGCUGGCUUUGGUUAAUGGAUAUUUAGAGUUUAGGUACAAUUUGGGGAAUGGGCCGAUAAUUCUUACGUCUCUGGAGAAAAUUUCAUUGAACGAAUAUCAUAAAGUAUCAGCGAAACGGUACCAUCGCGACGGAAUCCUCUCGGUGGACGAUAUGGAGGACGUAGCCGGCCAAUCCAAUGGGCACUUGAAGGCAUUAGAUUUAGCUGAAGACGCUUAUAUUGGAAAAGUGCCCACCAACUAUUCCAGGGUUUUCGAUAACAUCGGCACUCGUAGCGGAUUUAUUGGGUGCGUUAAGUACUUGAGGAUAAUACGUCAUCAAGUGACAAAGAAAUUGGGGAGGCCAGACUCAUUAGUGGUGGAUAUAGCGAACGUUCGAGAAUGCCAGUCCAGUCCUUGUGUGAGCAUGCCUUGUAAGAACGGGGGUACAUGUACUGGUGUGGAAGGAUCGGCGACGGAAUAUACUUGUGAAUGCCCUAUCGGAUUCCAAGGAGGCAAUUGUGACGAGAGAUUAGAUCCGUGCGAGUCGAAUCCCUGUGGAUAUGAUGAGGGGCUAUUGUGUGACAUCGGGUCGGACGGGGGCCACGUCUGCCGCUGUUUGUUUGGGGGGGAGAUUGGCUCGAACGGAAAUACGUGCAAUAAUGACGUAAACGUAGUCCAAGAGACGUGGUCCCCUCAAUUCAACGGAACGAGCUACAUCGAAUUACCGCCACUCGAAGGGCUAGGGAAAGCGUUCCGCAUCGAAAUCUGGUUUUUAACGAACCGAUUCUCGGGGAUGCUCCUUUACACCGGCCAGUCUAAUAAUAAAGCCAAGGGGGAUUUUGUAGCGAUUAACUUAGUUAAUGGGUACCUACAGUUUAGGUACAAUUUGGGGAGCGGCGUCGCUAAUAUCACGUCUCCAGUACCAAUAACGAAAGGAAGAUGGCACAGAGCUAGGAUCACGCGGACUGGACGCCAUGGGAGUCUACAGCUGGACCACCACCCUACUCAGAGGGGACACUCCGCACCCCCAUUGACGCACCUUGAACUGACGCUGCCUCUCUUUAUUGGAUCUUUACCGGCUUACAUCCGCCCUCACAAAAUGUCAGGCGUGACCAGCAGUUUCAUAGGCGCCGUGCAACAGGUCUUCGUGAAUGGGAACCCCCUGUCGCUGUAUGAUGGGGGGACAGCUAGAUGUGCGAUUGUGCAAGAGGAAGAACGUCUUCCGUGCGCCACAAGUGGAGUCACGAAGUAUACUGGCCCGCCGUGCGGUGAUGGUCUGACUCCAUGCAAGAAUAAUGGGUCGUGUAUUCCAUUGCUGAACGAGUAUAAAUGCAUAUGCCAAGACGGGUUCCAAGGGAGGAACUGUGAGGUGCAGAUGGUUGAGAUGUUGAAUGAUAGAAUGCCGAUCAACUUUGAUGGGAAUAGCUACUACUCGUACAGGAGUAAAGGGAAUCGCAGGAAUCGCAACGCCCGCGGCAUUAGGUACGAAAUUAAAUUUCGCACUUCAAACGACUCUGGUCUCUUAAUGUGGAGACGUAAGAUCGGGAUUCGCCCUCGAGACUUCAUCGGACUGGGCCUUAGUGAAGGGAAGCUCCAGCUCAUUUACACUGAUACUGAUGUGAAGGAGCUGAACUCUGCUACUCAUGAGGACUGGUUCCAAUGUGUGGAGUCGAAGGUCAGGGUGGAUGAUGGCAUGUGGCAUACAGCUGUGGUGAGGAGGAGGAAGCGGCUGGCUAUGCUUCAGGUGGACGACAGGCCACCAGUUAGGGGGUACUCGCAGUCGCUGCUGAUACCCUCGAAGUCGAACCCCAAGCUUUGGAUUGGGGGCUCCCCAACGUUGCCUCUCGGACUGCCGCCCGCGCUUUACACCGGACUACGCGGCUGCGUCGCCAGCGUAAAGGCCAGCGGCCGACACAUCGACAUCAGCGCGCCCAUACGACCAGCGACCACGAUACGACACUGCGAUUGAACGAUUAUCACGAAUUCGGUGGUUGACUGUGUGGUGUAAAGACCGUUCUAUAUUUGAAUUUGAAAUUUGGACAGUAAAAUGUUUUUCACACCAAGGUAAAAGACCUUUUUUAAUUGGUAUUUUAAAAAUGGAACUUUUUUGUUUCUUGCCCAAAUAUAAAAUGUGUUUUUGUCAUAGAUAAUUAUCACACAGCCAACUACCCCAUUUUUAAAUGGAAAAAGUCAUUGUAAAUGUAAAACUAACGUGAGAUACUUAAAGUAUUAUCUAGCUUUGCGUUCUAGCAUUUAAAAGUACCUGUUGAAGUACCUACCGAUACAUAUCUGUUCCGUUCGGUUAAACUGUUUAUCGUCAAAGAGAUAUCAAAAGAGAUGAGUACUGGACGUGGAAAAUAAGUAUUCAUAUCUUUAACCAAAAUAAUAUGUUGCCAUAAUACAUUAUGUUGUAGUUUUAGGUUUCGAGGUGCGUUUACAUGGACUUAUUUUCCGGAAAAUUGUCGGAAAAUUUCAUGUUUCGUAAAUCUGCAGGGAUAUCAGCGGAAAAUCGGCCUGUGUAAACGCACCCUGGAUAGGGUAUAACCAAUUUUAUCUUUGUAAAUCGGUGCUCGGAUUACACAUCAGAGGUAUAAUAAAAAGAGGAUUAUAACCAGUACGUAAGUACAGAAAAAUGAAAAAAGACUCUCAAUAUUUUGUUGUUAUUACUAGCAAAAAUAUAUAUUAUCUAGAUAGUAGUGUUAGCCUGUUAGUUUUCCUUACGUGAAGCAAAAUGGCUGAAAUGUGGUAAGAUAAUUUUUAAUAUUUUUUCAGUGUUAAACGGGCUUUAAUACCAACAUUCCAAUUUUCCUAUAUUUCGUUUUUGAAGUGAUAUAACGACAAGUGAGAGUUUAAUUUACGCCUUUUUUAUUCCACUUAAAUCAUUCCUUUUUACAAUAAAAUAUAUUUUAUAGUAAGAGACAGUGCCAUAGUAAUUGUACAGUAGCUACAUUUUUAGUUUUACAGCCAUAAACUUAGAUAAGGAUAAUUUAAACAUUCCCUUUUAAAACACAAAAGUAUAAUUUGCAAUAAUAGGUAACUUAUUUUUAAAUCAAUUUCCGAUUGUACAAAUUCACUCUCAAUGGUUUAAUUUAGCCAUUACAUUUAUAUUAUUUACCUAUCCCGUAAUUUAGUUAUUUAUUUAUGCCAUUUUUUGUAAUAUAAUGUACAUAACUUAGAAUAGGUUUUUUUACAAGCCGCUUUUCUUUUACAAUGAACCGAAAAAAUCUAUCAAUAUAAAUAAUGAAAUUGUCAAGUAACAGCUCUAGGCAGAUGUUUCAUAUGUUAUGUACGAACGUUUGUUAUAAGUGAAAUAUAACGAAUUUGAAAUUUAUUUCUAAGCGUGUAUAUUAACAAUCCUUAAUGUUAUGUAUAGAGAAAUAUUGAUAGCCUAGAUCAAAUUUAGGUAAUUUCGUUCGAAUUUUUUUACACGCUAAUGCGAAGCGCUCUUAAAUAAAUUUAAAAUGCUAAGUUGUCUUUUCUACAUUUCGUCUAGUGGACUAUUUGUAAAGUAUUAUACCUAAAUACUAAUUAAAAUAAAACAAUGACAAUAUUAAAAUAUGUAUAUCAACAUGGCGUUAGAGUUACGUUUUUCGUGUUAGACUCGCUUCGUGUUCAACGGAACAUAUCCUGAUUAAAUGAUAUUUAGGUACACCCUACUCGGACUCGUUCGGAGCAAGACGGGUGAGUUGUGGUACGAAUAAGGUGUCUGUUCUGUAACUACGCUAAGUAAGGUUUCUUUAAAAACUACGUGUUCUCUAUUUCAACUUUCGUUCUUCAUUUGUUUUUUUUUUAUAAAAAGUUUAUUUUGAACUCUAAAAUUGAAACUGAAACGUAUUCUAGAAUACAGUAAAAAAGCUAGCGUUCCAAAUUCAAAUCUAGCUUCAAUUCCGGUUAAGCGUUCAUAUAGGAUUUGCAAUCCGCACUGGCUUCGAUUGCGUACUGUUUUUAUAUUUUUUUCUUAUUUACUAUUUCAUGCGCGAUGCAAUAUUUGUGAACGUCAGAAUGGCGGGUGUAUGAUCAUAGAAAUAUCAAAAUAAAUACGAUUAAUUAAUACCUGAGGUGUACCUUGGUGUACCUUUAGUUAUUUAUUUUGUACUUCUCUAAUAUGGGAGCAAUUACAAUUGCAAAAUGAGCCGCCAACCUGAUAUCAGGUUGGCGGGUGUAUGCUGAAAUUGGACGAAACAGGUAAGUUAUGGUUUUCUUAUAUUUAUCAUUAUUUAGUACCUGAGAUGUACCUCACAAAAAAUGAAUAUGAACCAAAUGCGACGAAUAAUUAAGGAGAAAAUCGAUACGAAAAAUUUGAUGUCCACCUUUUUUUGAUGGCCACCAUUUUUUAUAAGAAGUUAGAAAGUUGAUACCGACACAGAUAAUACAUACCGUAGUAUUUUUAAAGUCUGUUUUUUAUGGCACGCACACUUUUGCAUUUGCCAACGCCAUUAAUUUGCUAAAAUCAAAAAGUUAGUAUUGAUAGUAGCGCCCUCCUGCAAAUGUCAUAAAUAAGGUUGUCCAACGUGGCAACAAUCGGAACUAAUAAUCGAGACAUCGUCUUCCUCUUCUUCAAAUUUUAUUCUCUUCUUUUUUUCCUCUCCUGUCCUUCUUCUGUUUCUCUUAUUUGUAAAAUAAGAAGAAAUAAGACGAAAAAAUAAAGAGAUAACAAAAAAAGAUGAGAAAAGAAUAAAAAGAUACAAGGCAAAAAAAUAAGAAGAUAAUAAUAAGAAGAAGAACGUGAGAAGAUGAAGAGUCGAAGAAGAAGAGGAAGAAACAAAGAAGAGAAACAGAAGAAGAAGAGAAGAAGAAUAGAAGAUGAAGAAGAAGAGAUGAAAAGAAGAAAAAAAUAAUAUUAGAAGAAGAAGACUGUCCCGAUUAUUAGUUCCGAUUGUUGCCACGUUGGACAACCUUAUUUAUGACAUUUACAGGAGGGCGCUACUAUCAAUACUAACUUUUUGAUUUUAGCAAAUUAAUGGCAUUGGCAAAUGCAAAAGUGUGCGUGCCAUAAAAAACAGACAAAAAAUACUACGGUAUGUAUUAUCUGUGUCAGUAUCAACUUUCUAACUUGUUAUAAGAAAUGGUGGACAUCAAAUUUUUCGUAUCGAUUUUCUCGGUAAUUAUUCGUCGCAUUUGGUUUAUAAUAAUAUAUUUGUGAGGUACAUCUGAGGUACUAAAUAAUGAUAAAUAUAAGAAAACCAUAACUUACCUGUUUCGUCCAAUUUCAGCAUACACCCGCCAACCUGAUAUCAGGUUGGCGGCUCAUUUUGUAAUUGUAAUUGUUCCCGUCUUAGGGAGGUACAAAAUUAAUAACUAAAGGUACACCAAGGUACAUCUCAGGUAUUAAAAAUUCAUAUUUAUAUUAUUCAAUUCUGUGACCAUACACCCGCCAUUCUGACGUUCACCAAUAUUUAGUGCGAAUAGAUGGAUGAAUCGCUAUGCAUAUUGGAAACACAACUUCGUACCGCAAUUCAUUGUUAAAAGAAAACCGUGGAAAUUAUAUAGUUGUUACGUGCUUGAUAGAUGCUUCACAUCUGUAUGAUAUUGACUUCGAAUGAGCGGAGUAGGGCUCUCAGCAAUAAUAAACUAAUGAUACCUCGUAUCACUGGUUCUAACAUUAUCUUCCAGUCCAAUUUGUUACGCAAUGUGUGUUUUGAUGUAACUAUCUUAGUUUAAUGAAUACAAAAUGAUAAAUUAAAUGAGACUGCAAACAGUAAA